AUGAAGAAAAAGAAGCAAAAAAAUGUUUUGAAUAAUGACGAUAACGAAGUCUACGGAGUGAUUGAAGUACCUUCGUCUCCAAAUGAACAAAAUUUCAAGCUUAUAGUUGGACUUUCGUUAAGUGCAAAGUCACUUUAUGAUAGUCACGGCUCAUUGUAUUUAAUCGAAUCGCAAGAAGCUGCCUUAGCGAGAGUGAAAAAAGGACAAAACAUCAAAUAUCGAUUGAAUUUUCCGUCAUUUUUACCUUCGAAAGUGACCAAAAUCGUGUUCAAUGGGAAAGAAAUCUGUUCAGGACCAUCGGAGGAAGGAAGUUUUCAGAAUCCAAUAACAUCGGUGGAGUUACAGCACUCAUUUGGACGUCCCAAAAUCUCAUUAGGAACAGAAAAUAAGUUUGAAUUGCCUACUUUUGGUCCAGAAAUUGCUGUAGAAAGGAACGAUUUGACUGAAGACGACGAUUUUUGUGGUGAACCUACCAUUUCUGGAAAUCCUCUCGUGGUCAAUGGCAGUCCCAUUGUUCGUGGUGAGUUUCCCUGGCUCGUGGCCCUGUACUGGAAAAACGCCAAAAGCUUGGAAUAUAAAUGUAGUGGGACCCUCAUCUCCGAUAAAAUAGUUUUAACAUCCGCUCAUUGUCUCUUCGUGUCUCAAAAAGUCAUUUCCGAAGAGAAAAUCGUGCUAUUUGCCGGUCGAAAUGACAUUGACGACUGGUCUGAAGGUGGUUUCAUCUCGCCCAAAGUCAAGCAGUUCAUUAUUCAUGCGGAUUAUAAUUCAACGACAGCUGACGCGGACAUCGCGAUCCUUUUGCUGCAAGAAAAACUGGAAUUUACGCAAUUUAUUCGUCCAGCAUGUUUGUGGAAGAAUACCUUAAAGUCGAAUGAUCAAAGUGGCUUCGUUGCUGGAUGGGGACGCGACUCCAGUGGAAAAAUUACGAGCACGCCAAAUAAAGUAGAGAUGCCAAUUGUGUCGGAAGUGACUUGUUUGAGGUCUCAUGAAACUUUUCGAUUUUUGACGUCAAGCAGGACUUUUUGUGCGGGAAAGCGAGAUGGCUCGGGACCAUGUAACGGCGAUUCUGGCGGAGGAUUUUUGAUGAAAAUCAACAAAAAAUGGUACUUGCGAGGUAUUGUUAGUACAAGUUUGUAUGACGAAGACACGAACAGCUGUGAUAGUUCUGGAUCAAUUCAACUGAUAAAUUCAAAAGAAGCGACUUUUGGAGAGAUCAAGCAAGGACAAGAAAUUAAAUAUCGUUUGAAUUUUCCGACAUUUUUGCCCACGGUAGUGACGAAAAUCCUUUUUAAUGACAAAGAAAUUUGUUCCGGGCCUCCUGUUAAAGGCUCAUUUGAUAAUCCUGUGACUUCGAUGGACUUGCAGCACUCCUUUGUGAUUCCGUCGGAAAUUAAAACGACGUCAAGUGGAGAGUUUACUAUUAAUAGAAAUACCGAGGAACAUAAGAAACCAACAUUUAAUGCUUCUGAAAAUAGUGACGAUGAUUGUGGAGUGCCCGUAAAAGCAGUAACGCCACUUAUUUAUAAUGGUUCUCCCACGAAUCGAGGAGAGUUUCCAUGGCUCGUCGUAAUUUACGUGAAAAAAGCUCGCGCACUCGAAUUCCAAUGUGGCGGAACUCUCAUCUCAAAACGUCUCAUCCUAACGGCUGCUCAUUGCAUUCAUCAGGACGACAAUAUUCUUUCAAAAAGUGAAAUCGUUUUGCACGUUGGUCGCUUCGACAUUGAUGACUGGGCAGAAGGCGACUAUGCCAUCCCAAAAAUUAAGGACAUCAUCUGUCAUCCCGACUACAAACAAUACGUUCAAACGAGUUACGACGCCGAUAUCGCUCUCAUCACUUUGUUCCGCGAAAUCACUUUUACACCUUUUGUCCGUUCAAUUUGCUUGUGGAACAGCAAACAACAUUUUUCCUCAAAUACUGGCACGAUCGUUGGCUGGGGACGUGAUGAAAGUGGCGAACCAACAAGUACACCGAAUAAAUUGGAAAUGCCGAUUGUGUCGGACAAGACGUGUUUAAGCUCGGAUCUCACAUAUAAAUAUCUCACGUCGAAUAGAACUUUUUGUGCGGGCAAGAGAGAUGGGUCAGGACCAUGUAACGGCGAUUCCGGAGGCGGUUUUAUGUCUAACGAAGGCGGAAAAUGGUAUUUGAGAGGAAUUGUGAGCACAAGUUUGUACGACGAAGAGACGAAAUCGUGCGAUGUGAGAAAUUACGCCGUCUUCACUGAUGUCGAAAAGUUCCUGCCUUGGAUUCAAAAUUAUUUGUAA